CCAGAUAACCAACUCUCCAAGCUCUGCUAGCUUUACAUUAGCCGCAUGUUAGGUCUUAAAUUACAUUUAGUUAGGUCUUAAAUAUGUAAGUCCAUUUACUGCUUCCUUCGUUGCUUUUUUUUUUGUUUUGUUAAAAGAGUGAAUGAAGUUGUGACGGUCUCCGCUGAGACAGAGGAGAGGAGAAGCUACUAGCCCUCUCUCGCUGUCACUUCUAGUCGCGUUGCUCUCCUCCCCAGUAAUGUUAAAUUUAGCACAGAAAAAAACAUAAUAGUGGUAAUUUAAAUAGCGGUUCAUGGGAUUUAUUAACCCUCAGGGGUCCCUCCUUCCUUUUUUGGACAUUUUCUUCACUUUUCUUUUUUGAUUUGCUGAUCAUUUUGGCUCUGUUACAGCUGAAGGAUGAGCUGAGGACUGAAAUGAGGAGGAAGAGCCUUCUCAUCCUCAUCUACCACCACCUGCUGGGGCAAGGCUAUGUGGCAGCAGCAGUGGCCUUGGACCAGGAGACAAAUGGAGGUGUGAGGAAGUUUGAGGUUUGCGAUAACAUCGAUCUGGAGAUGGUGCUGAUGGAGUAUGAGAGUUAUCACUAUGUCAAGUUCCAGAAAUAUCCCAAACUUAUCAGAAGAACAGUAGAGCCAGGUGAAAAUAGAAUUGCAAAAAGUGGAGUAAAGAGGAGCCCUUGUUCAGCUGUGAAGCCUCUUCCCAAAAUCAAUCCGUCCCAGAGGCCACAGUCUGGAAACGGAGCAAAGAAGGCAGCCGCCAGUGAGAAUGGUUCGUCUGUUCCUUCAGAGUCAUCAGAGUUUGGUCUCAGUGUUUCAUCCAUUAAAAAUGGACCAGCAGGGGAAGUAGCGACAAUCAGGAAGGGACAGGUGACUGAUGGUAAGGGUUUAAUCCAGGAUGCUGUCAAAGGAUCUGGUAUUGACUCAGACCACAUGGAACGGCUGCUGAAGCCCCUCAGUGGCUUUUCUGGAAUGAGUGGCGAAAUGACAGAACUGGCUGCAAUCAUCAGCAGGGACAUCUAUUUGCACAGCCCCAACGUGCGAUGGGAGGACAUUGUCAGCCUGGAGGACGCCAAGCGAUUAGUCAAAGAGGCCGUCGUCUAUCCCAUUAAGUACCCACAACUGUUUACAGGCAUUCUGUCUCCAUGGAAGGGCUUGCUGCUCUAUGGCCCCCCAGGCACAGGUAAGACGCUUCUGGCCAAGGCCGUGGCCACAGAAUGUAAGACGACCUUCUUCAACAUCUCAGCCUCGAGCAUCGUCAGCAAGUGGAGGGGAGACUCCGAGAAACUGGUCAGGGUCCUGUUUGAGCUGGCCAGGUACCACGCCCCAUCCACCAUCUUCCUGGAUGAGCUGGAGUCAGUGAUGGGCCAGAGAGGAACCAGCAUGGGAGGAGAGCAUGAGGGCAGUCGCAGGAUGAAGACAGAGCUGCUGGUUCAGAUGGACGGACUGGCAAAAUCAGAAGACCUGGUGUUUGUACUGGCUGCCUCCAACCUGCCUUGGGAAUUGGACCACGCCAUGCUGAGGAGGUUAGAGAAGAGGAUUCUAGUGAGUCUUCCACAGUCACCUGCUCGCCAGGCUAUGAUCUCUCAUUGGCUGCCUCCUCUCAACUCCACAGGAGGAGUGGAGCUACGAACUGAGUUGGACUAUGAAACCCUGGCAAAAGGCAUGGAGGGUUACUCUGGCUCUGAUAUCAGAUUGGUGUGUAAAGAGGCUGCUAUGAGACCAGUCCGCAAGAUCUUUGAUGCUCUGGAGUCACAUCAGGAUGAAGACACUGACUUGCCAACCAUCCAGCUGGAAACUGUGACAACAGCUGACUUCCUGGAAGUCCUCGCACACACCAAACCCUCAGCCCGAAACUUGAUGGACAGAUACACAGCCUGGGAGAGAGAGUACGAGUCUGUCUGAAGACUGAAGGAUAAACAGACAUGAAAAAAAGACUUUCACACUAACACUGCAACAUAUCUGGAUGAGAUUUCUUUUACUGCAUACAAAUUCACCUACUGCAGUUAAUGUUACACUUAGUGGGAGCUAUAGCAAGAGUUGCAACAUUAUGCUCUUUUGGCCUAUGUUUUUUAAGCUUUGGACAUGUGUCACAUAUUACAAACCUGGAACUGUAGGUUGGGACAGAACUGGUCUGACAGCUUAAAGCCUUUCAGAAACAUUGUAUGCACUAGUACUUUGUGUGUCAAAUUAUGACUUCAUAUUUGACACUGAGGAAAAAGAGAAACUU